UUUAACUUUCAGGAGAGUUUGAGCCAUCGAAGCUAGGCUAACGAAGAUGUACCACCAGCUGAGCUCUUGUAGCCGCGGCCUGGCCGCAACGCUCCUCCUGCUCCUUGCCGCCGCCACCGCCGCCGCUGCCACACCUGAAGCUCCAACGGCGGGAGCAGCCUGCUACAACGACAUCGUCGCCCUGCGGAGCACCUGCUACCGCUACGUCCAGGACGAGGGUCCCAUGGUGCAGCCAUCGCCGCAUUGCUGUGCCACCGUGAGCGGUAUCGCCAACGCUACCUGCGUCUGCGACUACUUGAGCUCCCUCGACGACAUCAACCUGGACAAGGUGUUCUACGUCGCCGGGCAGUGCGCCGUCUCCAUCCCAUGGUUCUGCGGAGAUUAAAAGCAGGUUUGAGAAAGAACGGACUGGUGGAUCGGAGGUGGCGGCUAACAUACGCGAGGCAGCUCGUAAUAAUGAAUAAAGUUUAUCAAACUGUAGUUAUGUCUUAGGAGAUAUUGGAGUAAGGAUUAUUGUACUGGUGUUCACCUAUGUAAACUACUUCCAUUUCCUCAAGAAGUUGCCUAGUAUACAUGUCAAGGUCUCAAAGUAUUCCGACAAAUAAUUGAGUACUAUAGACUAA